AUGCACUCCGCUCCGGUUACGGACAAAAUGGAUGCCAUUUUUGAAAAAGUAGAGCAAGACCGGUAUAAUAGUUACGAUGUAGCUGAAGAACUGGGGAUUGAUCAUAAAGUUUUAGCGCAUUUGAAAAAAGAUGGGACACAAAAAAGUUGGAUAUUUGGUUACAACUCCAGCGACGGGUUCGGGCGUGUUGCUGAGCAACUCAACUUCGCGGCGGCGCCUUCAGAAGACGAGGCGGAGUACCCACCCGGCGCUUACCUGAAGAAGGGGAAGCAAGAUCCGAUGUCGCAUCGCAUAAUAGAGAAGCGUCGUCGAGACCGAAUGAACAACUGUUUAGCAGACUUAUCACGGCUCAUACCACCCGAGUAUUUAAAGAAAGGCAGAGGAAGGGUCGAGAAGACUGAAAUCAUCGAGAUGGCGAUCAGGCAUCUCAAGUUCCUGCAGGAUCGUGCCAAUGGUGUGUACAGCGGAAACAACUUGUCUAAUGCUGCAGAAAAACAAGCGACAGAUCACUUCAAGGCUGGGUACCAGGAGGCAGCAGCGGAGGCCGUGCGAUUCUUCGUGGAAGUGCAAGGCUACGGACCGGGCGAUGGACUUUGCGCGCAACUUGCUACACACUUACAAAGGCACUGCGAAGUAGUUACUAAGGCUGAAAAUAUGUCCCGCGGGAAGCCACGAUCACAUCCGGGCUCGUCUUCUGAGACAGCGUCGUCUUCUAGCAGCUCUCACGGGUUCGCUGUCAAGCCGGGUGUUAUAGCCACCGUGCCUCCACCAGCACCUCAUUAUCCAAACGAAUAUGAAUCAGAACGUCCUGCUGAAUACACAUACCCUAUGGAGUGUGACAGAGUGUCAGUGGUCCCAAUGUCGGGAGAGGGUGAAAUCCUUCCUGAUUCGGACCCGAUGCCUCUGGACGGACGGAAACGCGAGCCCACAUUGCGGACUGUGCGGAAACCUGACCACUCGGAAGAUUUUUUGCACUCCUACAAAUUCAAGAAUUCGAUAGAAAGGCGAUUUUCUCGCUCUCAAGAUAACGAGGCGAUGGACAUGAUGUCGCGCGCUCUGCCCAAGUCGUACGGUCACAAGCGACGGCGAGCCGCCAAGCCAGCGCCGUCCACGUCCACCUCCGGCUCGGGCUCUACCGAGGACGCGCGGGAUACUAGUCCACAGGACACGUCAAGCGAGUCACCGCACCACCAUCAUACGUACGAGAAACCCGUGCCGCCGACACAGUACGUGCCAGUGUUUGCGCUCAACGCACUAGGUAAAUACUACGUGCCGUUAAGCGUAGAGUACGCGUGCUUAGCGCGUCACGUGGCGGGUUACGACAUGUUAGACGCGCGCGCCGUGCAGCUCGCGGCGCCGCUCCACCCCGUCACUAUACACGUCAACUUCCAGCCCUGUCUCAACUACCACGUCAAACGGGAGCCCGCUGAGCGCGACUGGCGGCCGAUGUGAACCCACCCUUACCACUAGCCGUGUGCAGUGUGGAACAAUGUGCGUUUUAUAGGCGGUACUCACGCCGAGAAGUCUCGCUCGCCGAGCCUUCUUAGCGAUAUGG